UUUCCUGGUCCAUCGUCUUCGUCUCCUUCAUGGCUCAGCUGCUGGCGUUCGGCUCUCCCCAUGCGGUGGGUGUUCUUUACCCCGAGUGGCUCAGCACCUUCAAGAAGGGCAAGAGCACCACCGCCUGGGUUGGAUCUACUGUCCUGGGGGUGGGGCUCAUCACCAGCCCGCUGUGUAGUGCGUGUGUCCAUAAUUUUGGCGCCCGGCCCGUGACCAUCUUCAGCGGCGUAAUGGUGGCAGGAGGUUUAAUGCUUAGUGCCUUCGCUUCCAACAUCAUCUUCCUCAUCUUCAGCUACGGAAUCGUUGUUGGUCUGGGUUGUGGGCUCGUCUAUGCAGCCACACUGACUAUCACCUGUCAGUAUUUUGAUAAGAGGCGUGGUCUUGCCCUGGGUAUCAUUACCACAGGAACCAGCGUGGGCGGCUUUAUGUACGCCUCUAUGCAGAACAAGCUGAUUGAGCAGUAUGGAUUGGAUGGGUGUCUACUCAUUGUUGGAGCUCUGGCACUAAACCUGAUUCCAUGUGCUGGACCCAUGCGACCUUUGAAAUUUCCUGGCUACUACGUCAAACAGAAGGCUGCUCUGAAGUGUACAGACGUGCCUCUCUAUGACAAAGAACUUGAGACGGAGCCAUCAGUGGAACAUCGGACGCCGGUAUACAUCGUCAAAAAGCGCCUCAAGCCACACACCCAAUACAUGUAUGACAUGCGUGAGUGCUUGCGGGAGCCCUUGUUUGUGGCACUCUGCGUCUCCAUCUUCCUGUACAGCCUGGGUGUAAUCCCACCCAUACUCUUCAUUGAGGACGUGGCUCAGAGCGAGGGCCUCCUCGAACAUGUUACACCCAUUCCUCUCGUCUCAAUCUCAUCUGCUGCAACGGGAGUGGGCAAGCUGGUACUGGGCAUCUUGGCAGACGUACGCUGGGUGAACAGCUUGCAACUUUAUGCCAUGACAGCGGCUGCAAUGGGUGUCACUCUGCUAUUGGUGCCUAUGUGGAAGAGUUAUGCUGGGCUUCAGGUACUCUCAGCUGCCAUUGGCUUCUUCUCAGGCAACUGGUCAAUUACAUCCUACAUCACCACGCGCCUUGUGGGCAUCGAGCGCCUUGGCCAGGCACACGGGAUCCUCAUGUGCUUCGGCGGCUUUGGGAUCAUUCUGGGACCUCCUCUCGUAGGAUCAUUCAUUGAUUGGACACAGUCGUAUGACCUGGUGUUCUACUUCACUGGGUGCUGUUUGGUCGUGAGCGGCACUGUUCCCUUCAUAACAGCCUUGCUCUGUAGGAGCAAGUUUGUUGAUCUAGUCAACAAAGAGAAGAAUGUUUUGGGUGACCUUGACUGUGACCUUGGCCCAGAACCCCAAAACCCCUCUGAAUGUAACAGAGUGACUUCUGUGGCCUAAUGACUGUGACAGACCAAGUUGGCGAUGAAGAACUAGCGCCACUAGUAGCCUCCCAUUGAUGAGCACAAAUACUCCAGCUGAUGGCCGACACACACGCACAUUAUGCACCAUGUAUGGAUGAAAUGAAAUGGCUUGUCAUACCUGGAGCAGGUUUCACAUUUGGGAUUAAAAAAAGAAUCGUGGAAAAACGGUAUCAUGUAAAGGCGAAGUCUAUGUCCCAGAUCACAUACUCCUCCUACACUAAAGUAUGGUUUCUAUAGGCAUGUGUUAUUUUACUAUUUAGUGCACUAGUAUAGGUUUGGGAUGUAGCCAAACAAACUAACCUAUCUACCUUUUUUUCCCACCUCUGUGAACCUAAAUUUUAAUAUUUUGUAGCAAAACUAUAGAAAACUACAUCAGAUUAGCUUUAUCUACAUAUCUGACAAAUGUGAAGCAAAGGAGCAGAAGUUGAGAAAUACUUAGUUUACCAUGCUUGUGCACUGAUUUGCUCAAUCAAAGAGCCAAUCAGAGAAACCUUCGUCCUGCUGCCACAUGAUGCUGAUUCAACCUGCACAAUCAGCCUAACAGGUGUCUCUACAUUUAUUCUGUCUUUCCUUCAUUUUUUCUUUCUUUUCCAUUUUUUUUUUUUUUUUUUUUUACCAGUAGCAAGUGCUAGCCAGUUAGGCGUUUGUGGUUCUAGAUUUCUUACAAAUCUUAAACUAGUCUUCUUGUUUGAAUUUUGAAUAUCUUUCUGUAUAGUACAUAUUUUAUAUCAAUGAUUAUAUUUCAAUUAAAAAGAAAUCUGUGGCUGGGAUUGGUCUAAAUUUCUUAGGGAACAGACAGAAUGGGUCUGAAUUCCUUUGGAAGUGGGUGGGAUUAGUCAAAAUUCCUUUGGAAGCAGUCACGUUCAGGAUUCCUUUGUGGGAAUGGUUAGAUUUCCUUUGGGAGCAGGCAGGAUUGGCCAGAAUUCCUUUGGGAAUGGUUGGGAUUGGCCAGAAUUCCUUUGGGAAUGGUUGGGAUUGGGCAGAAUUCCUUUGGGAAUGGUUGGGAUUGUGCAGAAUUCCUUUCGGAAUGGUUGGGAUUGGGCAGAAUUCCUUUGAGAGUAGGCAAGAUUGGUCAUAUUUCCAUUGGGAAUGUUCAGGAUUGGCCUUUUAAAGGUGCAGUUUGUAAUGGUUGGUCCACAACCUAUCCAGUCUUUUUGAAUUUGUUAAUAAGUUUGGCAACAGAGGGUGCUUCUCAUAUCUUAUUUGUGCUUCCUCGUUUCCUUUCCUCGCUUCUUUUCCUUUAGCUCUACCCGCUUAGGAUGCGAGGAGAGAGGGAUUGAAGCAAGUCGAAUGGAAUAUCCUCGCUCUCUCAAAGCGACAUCAAUGAAUGAUGACUGUGCUGAGCUGGAUGACCUCAUUGCGCUUCAGGGAUCUGCCGUUCUGUUGUUGGCGUUUAAAUGCAUUGAUAGUAUGUGAAAUGUCUGGGUUUUUCAAAAAUGAAUUAAAGAACAAUACAUAAUCUCUCACAUUUUUUUGUGCAGCUUUGCAUAUCCAAACAUGCAAGGAUCAAUUCAUUACAAUUCUCAUUGCAAGCAUAUUAUUAUUUAAUUAUAUUUCACACAGAAUUCCAUCACAUCAUCGAAGGACUUUUUGUUUGAGAUCGCAGAUGUAAAGGAGGAGGGGAAUUUAUACGUGCGUCAGGUUUUUCGACAAGAAACUCUUCCACAUAGGAUGUACCUAUGUAUCCUCGCUCGUAGAUUUCCGGGUCACAGGCUGGAGGAUGGAGGAGCGAGGAAACGAAGAAGAAUCAUUUUGAGUAUUGAGAAGCACCCAGUGUUGUGUGUGUGAUGUGCUCACCAUGUUUCCUGUUAAAGUCCAUCUCAACCUUGCCACAGCUUCCCGAUCCAGCCAUGAGAAUGAUUUCAAUACGUUCUUCUUUUCUCAAAGGCGUUCUUAAAGGCUGUCUAGAAAGAAAAAACACUAAUUUUGGAAGAUAUUUUUUUUAAUGUAGAUCAUAUACAGUGGUUCUUAUUAAAUUUACUAAAGUUAUUCUGUCAAAUGAGUGAGUGAGUGAUUUUCUUUUUGUCUUUUGUUGAUUGAUUAACAUUAAUAACACAGACAGCAGCAGGUUUAUUAGACUGCUGUCACUUUAAGACCUAACGCACAGAUCCAAUAUACUGUAUUGAAACAUCUCCGAUUUUUCCCAACUGUUUACAUACACUUAAGACAUAACCGCCUGUGUUUGCAUGAAUACUCGGCCAGACCUGCAUUUUGACAUGAUGCUUGUGUAUUUAUUUGACUGCCCAAGCCACUUUCAAGAGAACUCAAUUCGGUACUCGCACGAUGAGGGGGCUUUCUGUGCUCGCUUCAAGUGUGGCAUGGAGACAUUCGUUAAUUUAUUGUUAUCUUAAUAUUAUGUGGUUAUUUAUUUAUUAUGUUACAAAAGACGUAGACUCGACUGUACUCCAACAAUUUCCGAGUCCGUGUCAAGUUCGAGUACAAAUUUACCCGAAUGC